AGAUCCGCAAGCAUCCCAUCACCUCAACUCAUCACAUAAAUCACGACAACGCUCAAGCCCAAAGUAGUCAACAACUUCGACAGCCACGUCCGAAGCACCACGAAAUCACCAUAACCAUGAGCACCAUCAACGCAUUCACCCCGGCAGUCCACGUAGCUUCAGUAGACACAACACCUGCUGUCAUCCAAGCCGCCAGAAGAUUCCGAAACAUGUUCAAGGAAGCACAUCCCUUCGCCCGGGAUACCGCAUUUCUGAGACCUCACCCAGUAGCUUGGGAAUUCUACACGACCAGGUUUGCACGUGCCGCCAAAUUCUACCCCUUGGUGGUCCUCUUCCUCGGCUGGCCUUUUGCUAUGAAGUAUGCUGUCAAUUACAGCAAUGGGGUGUAUGAUGCGCCGAAGAAUUCGAGAAGGAAUUAGGGUGUGCUUUUUUUUUGUUGGGGUUGAAGAGGAGUAUGCAUAGGGAUGGCGUUCUGGUGUAACAAUACCCAUUGAGUGGGAUUCGCGUAGCGAGUAGAGUUCGGGCAGGUUCUGAUCAUUGGUUUAGUCCUUGGAUUGGGUCAUCUAGAUGAUAGAUUGUACAGCAAGCUGCGUUCAGGGUAGCUCGAAGCUGCAAAGACGACAAAUCAUUAGAAAUGUUAUGGUGAUUGCCAUUGGCAUACCGCCUCUCAUUCGCUAUGCCACGUGC